UGUUUCCGAUUUAAACCACGAACCACUCAACCAUGUGAACCGAACUACUCCACAAAAUUCGCGUGGGUUGGAGUAAACGGGUUAUAAGCGUAAAUGGACAAUCACAUCAGAAUUACCUAUUACAAGUGUUUUUCUGCUUUUGUAUCUCUUUGCAUCGCCCUGCUCAAAAUCAGAUCUGAAUCUAUCUGACCUUGUUCAAUUUCAUUUCAUUCGUAAUUCACUUCUCCUCACUUGUGAAUCUAACCGCAAACUCCAAGCUCCAAACCCUAUAUUACCUUUGUUUAGGUCAUCUCAACUUUUCUGCACAGGAGAAAGAGCAACCGAAAUAAGAGGAGGAAUAUCUCUGCCACUGCCGACAAUUCGCAAUCGAUGCAGGUUUAUCACUUUAGUUAAAGAAAAAGGUGAGGGCAGAGAUGAGCAGAGGCUCAUACAUCUCUAGCAGCCCCUUUACUGGUAGAUUUCAUGCUAGAAAGCUAUCUCCCAGUGUUAUCACUUUCUACAUCAUGUUCAUAUUUGCUUUCUCCAUCUUCGUGUUCUUUUUCUACAUGAGGAACAUUAGUGUUGACGAAGAUCCACCAUACCCUUUGCUUUCUCAGCAAUCUAAACCUCACCAGGUGCCAGAGUUACAUGUGCACUAUAAGCAACUUUGGGAGUCUCCGUUCAAUCAUAGCUUACACCAAUGUGUCAAGCCAACUACUAAAUACAAAGCUGCUCACGGAUUUGAUCGCUAUUUGACUGUGAGAAGUAAUGGUGGACUAAAUCAAAUGCGAACUGGUAUAUCAGACAUGGUGGCCGUGGCACAUAUAAUGAAUGCAACUUUAGUCAUACCGCAAUUGGAUAAACGUUCAUUCUGGAAAGACUCAAGGUAUUACUGGCUAUACUGUAUUUUUAAGUAUGUAUUGUAUUUGAAUCCUUUUUCAAUUUUUUUUCCUAUUGGGUAUGUGUGCAGUGUAUUUUCAGAUAUAUUUGAUGAACUUCACUUCAUCGAAUCCAUGAAAGGCGAUGUCAGGAUUGUUAAGGAGCUUCCCAAAAACUUGGAAGGAGUCCCCCGAGCCAGGAAACACUUUACUUCCUGGUCUGGGGUUGGUUACUAUGAAGAGAUGUCCAGGUUAUGGAAUGACUAUCAGGUGAUACAUGUUGCAAAAUCAGAUUCUCGACUUGCAAACAACGAUCUUCCUCUGGACAUACAGAGAUUGAGAUGCCGUGCUAUGUAUCAUGCACUUCGAUUUUCUCCUCCUAUAGAGAAUUUAGGAAAGAGGUUGGUGGAUCGUCUGAGAUCACGCGGAGGAAGAUAUAUUGCUCUCCAUCUGAGAUAUGAGAAAGAUAUGCUGUCUUUUACUGGUUGUGCAUAUGGUCUGACAGAUGCUGAAUCUGAAGAGCUUAGAAUUUUGAGGGAGAACACAAAUUAUUGGAAAGUUAAAAAGAUAAAUUCAACAGAACAGAGAAUUGGAGGAUUUUGUCCGCUGACUCCAAAGGAGGUGGGCAUUUUUCUUCAUGCUCUUGGCUAUCCCCCUUCAACACCAAUAUACAUUGCAGCAGGAGAGAUCUAUGGUGGUAAUGCUCAUCUUUCAGAGCUCUCAUCCCGCUUCCCUAAUCUAAUCUUUAAGGAAUCCCUUGCAACUCCUGAAGAGCUGAAAGCUUUCGCCAAUCAUGCAUCUCAAACUGCUGCACUUGAUUACAUAAUCUGUGUAGAGAGUGAUGUAUUUGUUCCGUCAUAUUCAGGAAAUAUGGCAAGAGCAGUUGAGGGACACCGCAGAUUCUUAGGUCACCGCAAGACAAUCAACCCAGACAGGAAAGGACUUGUUGGAAUUUUUGAUAUGUUGGGAACUGGAGAGCUAGAAGAAGGAAAGGAACUGUCACAUAUGGUGCAGCGAAUGCACAAGAACAGGCAAGGAGCUCCAAGGAAAAGGCACGGUUCCCUACCAGGAAUUAAAGGCCGAGCACGAUUUAGGACUGAAGAGUCCUUCUAUGAAAAUCCAUAUCCUGAGUGUAUAUGUGGUUCUAGAAGCAAACUGGAAAUAACAUGACGACAAAACAAACUGCAGUUUCAAUCUAGAAUUUUUGGAGGGACCGGUUAAUAUGUAAAUUGGGUUUUAUAAACUGUAAUUCUAAUUAGCCGUUUCCGGCGAUCUUGGUUUGUCUGUGCCCUAUAGCUAUACCCUUGAUCACAAACACAUGGUGUUGGCAGCUUAGCCAACAAUUCUCUUUAUUUAGCAUUUCUUACUUCAUAAAACAAUAGAAACGAAUUACUUCUUUAUUGUUAGAUUGUUCAUGAUUUGUACGACGACAUUAUAUUUUAAUUCAUAGAUAUAAUAUAUUUUAUUUUAUCAUGA